AUGUUGAUUCCAGGAAAGGUGGAAACUUAAGUAUUUCUAUUGGAGACUUGUAAUCUGGGAGGAUAAGGUUUGUCAUAGAAAGUCUUGGAAGUAUUGAUAGAUGGUUUGAGUACUAACUUUUCAGGUUAAGUAAAUAAUCUAUAUGAUCAAGUAGAUUUUAUACGAAUGUUUUUAGGAAAUAGUAAUAAAAAAUUUACUAUGUUGUCUCUAAUGAGCCACAACAAGAAAACAAAGAUGAAUAUGAAUAGAAUACUCAAAUAUAAUCUACAAAUGAAGAUCCUCCAUAAGAAUCUUAAUAAAAGAAUUAAAAAAUUAUUAUGGAUUAACCUAAGUAACCUAAAUUGUAAUAAUAAAUAAUGCAGAGAGAGGAGGAGAUUAAAUCAAAUAUCCCCAGAACUAUCAAAAUUAAAGAAAGCGCUGAAUAGGCUAUACUAGCUGAUAUAUAUUGUUAAUAGUUAGUGAAUGAUACAGAAUAAAACAAAUUAUUGACUCAUGAUGAAUAAGGGCUUAAUUCAUCUGGAAAUUAAUUAAAUGACGAAAGUCUUUGA